AUGCCUAUCGACUCAAUACUUAAGGCGACCUGCUGCGCCAUCGGGAUUAUCGGCGAGGUUUACACUGGGUUUAAUGGCGGGAAGUUCGUCUACAUUGGAAACGCUCAGCAUUCGACGAUGUUUUCCAUGUUCCUUUUGGCCGGUGUCUUUGAAAUCUUAAAUUUUUACCGUAUUCUGCGCCUUCCACCGUAAGUUCGACAUGCGUUAUAUGAGGUGCGAGAACAAUACUGGCCAAGUAAUCUAUUUGGAAAUUGUCCGGCAAUUAAUCGAAUUAAUUCUUGCAGUUGUGUGUUUUCCUUUGGACGCCUGUAAUGGUUGUAGAUGCAUAUAUGCAUCUAUAUAUGCGAAAAAUGAAUAUGAAGUCAGUAUGCAUUGCGCAAGUAGGUGACGUCAAGUAAAAGGACAAAAUUUUUUAAGACUUUCAAAGAUUCAUGGAACUCGACGUUUAGUACCUUGUGACACAGUCUCCAAUAUGCUGUAGUGAUUUUAAGCCUGUAUCUCGGCAAUUCUAAAAUUUGUUACGGAGCUACAAAUUAAACCGUUUUUUGCCGCAUGUCUUUUGCACGUUCUUAAUGCCCAUUCUGUCGGAAAAUCCUUUUAAACUGAAUGGCGAGGAAGCGAAUGCCUAUUUAGUCGCAUCCUACCAUCUUCUGCAUGCGGUUAAAAUAUGAAGACUUAUAUUGAAAUGGUCGUUCUUCCCUUCCAGAUCCUCGGACUAUCUUUUUAACUUUCUUGCAAUUACGACCGAGGGUAUACUCUUUGUCUUUCAUCUGCAUGGUCGAACGCCUGCCGACAUUUACGUCCACACAAUUUUGAUUUACGCCGUUCUCAUUCUUAUUGCUGUGGCCACAUAUGAAGCGGUGAAUCUGCGAUCUCACAUUGCUGGCCUUCUUCGCUCUAUCCUUAUCAUUCUUCAGGGGACGUGGUUCUGGCAUGUAAGCCUCUGCUUUUUUGAAUUUUCCACGUGUUGCGAUGACACAUUUGAAUAUGCUUUGCUACUUACUCAUGUCUGGCUUCUUCUCAUUGGUCGGUAACAGUCCUCGGUUGGUAAUUAAAAGUGACUUGUACGACGCACCGAAGUGUACUGGAACCGCUCGUGUUCUGGUUUGCAAUGAGAACUGGUUGUUGAGCGUUUUUAACUUUUAAGGUCCCCUAUCUAAAUGGACUGACUCCCUAAACCCCCGAUAACUGUAACUUUUGACGCAAAACUCUUUUCAGUACUUUGCAGUUGACUUCUUUGAAAGUUGAGAUUAUUUUUACUUGGGAUGUCUGCCCUUCUAGUCGAUAAAUUGGGGUUGAAGUCAGUUAAAAGUGUAAUGGAAGGAAGAUACAAAAAACAGGUUUGCAUAUGCAGGAUUUCGAAGUGCGCGAGGUAAGUCAGUAGAAUACCUAUUAUGCAGGGAAUGCGGGACAUUUAAUGCCAGUAUUGUAAACGAGCAGUCUACUAAUCGCUUUUAUUUUCUCACUUCAAAAGGCCGAUGAGUUUACAAACACAAGGUGAUGUGGCGUACGUAGACACAGGAUUCCUCGUGGUUCAAACUGGAGUGGUUUUUGCAGAACGUUUAGACAGAAACUAAACUAUGUUGUAGUUUAUUUCAGAAAUAUUUAAUGACAAGCACCUAAACAUAUUCGAAAUAUUGCACCCCUCAAAGGUUACUUUGGAACUUACUUUCCGGUUACUUUUGGCACAGACACUUAAAAUACUUUUUAAUAAAGUGUCCUGGGUAACAACUGUUAGUCAGAAUGGUUUUGAAACAGUCAAAAUCCGUGUCCAGGCUUUUAUUAGCCGCAACAGUCCUUGCUACUUUAAACGAGGCUCUGUUUAAUUACUGACCUUUUUAUUUAUUCACCAAGAGGACUAAUCUUUUGAUAAUACACCUUAUGCAUUAAUUAGGUUGUAUAGUCUUGUCCCUUUCCGAUUCGAUGUUUUAUAUUCCAUACAAUUAAGUGGGCAGAAGGGGUCUUGGGGGCUUGAUGUACAACGCUGGCCGGAAGUUCCACAUCCAUUAGGAGACUGGGACAGCAAUUUCUGCCCAAAUAUUCGUCGUUAGUCAGCCCUAAUCAAAUCAGGUGAGCGUGAUUUCAACAAAGUUACUAUUUGUGAUCACCAAUCUCAGGAAAAAAGACCCGUGGCUAAGUGGUAGAGCGUUGACCAUAAAAACACCUGCUGGAGGCUCAGGUGCUGCCAACUUGUGUCCGCCCAUUUAUACUCGGAUAAACACCCCAUCUACAGCAACAGAGGAUUUCAGGUGGCAAGACAAUGAUAAACUAAGAAUCGAUAAAAUACUUAUGACCCUUCCGCCUGACCCCGUACGUAGACCAUCUGCGAUCUGUACGAGCGCAUGUUUGUAUUUUUGGUCCCAUCUAAUAGUCAGUGCUAUAAUUGGCUGAAUGAAGGCAGAAUAGGCCGAAAUAGUAUCUUUCAAACCUGCCUUUAUUUGCUGCUGUUGCACGGUCGUUACCGAUCAUCAAUACAUCAUAGGUCUUACGAAGUGAGGUAUAUAAACAGCUGGCGACCGACACUGAGUGUCACAUGCUUAGUCGGCACAUAUAUAUAUAUGCGUGAACUGCAAGGCAGACAUACCAAGGCAGGCUGGAAUGGCCAUUUCUGGCUUAUUAGCCGUCGUCAGCCAGUCAUACCCAAGCUCGAAGUGUGGAACACCCGAGCCUUGAACUCGCGACCUGUGUGUUAGAAGUCCACGCCUCUAAUCACUGAGCCACGAGUCCGUUGCCCUGUCGGUUUUCGAUCGGGAACAUACAAUGGUAGGGGGCGCUCACCGAUCGUUCUUACGGAACUCACUCGUUCCGUUGUGUCUUAAGGGCUCUCUCUCGAGCCCAACCAGCAGCCGCACAGCGGCGCAUGAUAUAUAGGCAGAAUGACAUUACCGACAAAGACAAGGGAGACUGGAAGGGCCACUUCUGGCUUAUUAGCCGUCGUCAGCCAGCCAUACCCAAGCCCGAAGUGUGGAACACCCGAGCCUCGAACUCGCGACCUGUUGGUAUAGAAGUCCACGCCUCUACCCACCGGGCCACGAGCCCGUUGCCCUGUCGGUUUUCGAUCGGGAAUAUACAGUGGUAGGGGGCGCUCACCGAUCGUUCAUGCGCCGCUGUGCGGCUGCUGGUUGGGCUCGAGAGAGAGCCCUUAAGGCACAACGGAAUGUGUGAGUUCCGUAUGAACGAUCGGUGAGGGCCCCCUAUCAUUGUAUAUUCCCGAUCGAAAACCGACAGGGCAACGGGCUCGUGGCCCGGUGGGUAGAGGCGCAGACUUCUAAACCAACAGGUCGCGAGUUCGAGGCUGGGGUGUUCCACAGUUCGAGCUUGGGUAUGGCUGGCUGACGACGGCCAAUAAGCCAGAAAUGGCCAUUCCAGUCUCCCUUGUCUUUGUCGGUAAUGUCAUUCUGCCUAUACAUAUACAAAAAUAUCUGGGGAACGACGACAUAAUCUUUGGGGUAGAUUAAUGCAGCCCUGUUUCGGGCUUAUUUUGCUUUCCUUCAGCCAGUCAUAACACCGACCAACAGCUGGGACCAGAUACGCAAACCUGCUCACAGACACACCUGAGGCAAUCGGUUCACCAGAUGGGUCCUAAGCACUUCCUCGAACUGAAGUUCAUCUGUGCUUCGCCACCUGCCAUCCUCUGUCUCUGCAGAUCGGGUAGUUACUUACUCAGGAAUGUGCGCACACCGAGGCUUUUCUGCUUCGCAAAACAAAUAGAUCGGUGUGCGCCCAUUCCUGAGUGAAUAUUUAGAUAUGUACGCGAACUUUAAGGCAGGCAUACCAAAAAUAUAAUCAAAAGACAAAGACUACUUUUUGGAAAAAGUUAGAAACCUUGUUUGGCAGCUUUUUGAUGCUGGUUCCCCACGUCCCUGUCAGACGUGGAGAACCAAUCAAUGCAUAGUGACAGGCACGACGGUUGUCUUCCAGCGUGAACAUCGAUCACCUGCCGUUGUAAGUGGGUUUUAAAUGUUAACCGUUUUUAACCCAUUAACUCAACGUCUAACUACGACCUGGAGAACAAUUUUCGAAAAUUUACCCUAUAAAGUUUCCCACUUUUCCCAAAGAACGCAUUUGCCUUCAAAAUAUAUGUACACAUCCAUAAAUGCAUAGAAGCACACCGGUCCGCUAACUUUCCGAAACAAAGAAGCUUCUUCUCUUUUGAAAAAAUGCAUGUAUAUAUACACGCGAGAAAGAAAGAAGAAGAAGGAGACUGAUCGAGCGCCCGAACCAGGUGUUUAUUUGUCUGAAUUUUCGAACUUGUGAGGCAGUCAGCUGCCAGAGAAAGAGCAGCAACAGAAUAUGCCUACGUUUUCGCUCCCAAAAUGCCCCAUCGGGAACACCACCGAUGAUAUCUCAUGUUUUGCCAUGCAUAAAGAACGUUUCAGGGGCGACCAAAUGCAUUGCUGCGGUACCCACUGUCCCAUAGCUAACGUAUGCAGUAACUUCGUGGAAACUGAAACCGAUCAGCUUAGGCGUGGUGUAUCGUAUUUCGUGCCUGACUUGUUCUUGUACUUACACAGGCCAGAAUGAACUCAUGUCCAGACUACGCAUACACGAAAAUAAGCCGGCUGUAUGAGGGGGCGAAGAAUUGUCGCAAGAGACCGUCAGGCCUUCGAAACCAGUCAUAAGUUAAACUGCACGGCCAACAUGGUAAUCGUACUUGUCGAAAACAAGGCAAAACGAAAAUUGGUUGAAGCCUGGACCUUGAAUUAGGAGUAAGUCAAUCGAUGUAUCGAUUCGGCAUCGCCAUACAGAGCCCUGCGCAGUCACCUGCACCCUCUGCGUCACUGAUUGUUAGUCGAAGAACAUCCGCCAUAAUUGUCGCCUAUUCUAUUGCUGCUUGUUGCUCUGACGAUGUACUCGUUUACGACAUCGGAAGCUCACACACAUUAAGUGGAUGGUCCCAUCUUUUAAUCAGUCUUGUUCUUCCUUACUCCUAAAGACAUCUGAAACUCGACUAUUUGUGAUCUACACGCGUCUAUGUACGUAUACUGUAUAUACGAGACUGCGGUGCGGAGGGAGGGAUACAGAGGGAUGGUUCCUGUGAAGAAGGGUCAGACACCUCCUACCCCUCCGUAGUGGUGAUACUUCUCACCGAACUAAUUGCCAUCCCUGACGUUAGCGGAUCGUAAGAUGCUUUCCAUGUUUCAGGUCGGAGCCAUUCUCUAUCCACCUGUUUCCUGGCUCCCAGUGUGGGAUGAGCUCGCCGUGGAGAGUAUUCCGCGUGCGGCCAACCUCUUCUGCCAGCAUGUCCUCCUGGUUUUCGCGUGUGUCCUCCUCACGGCCACAGUGAUGGGCUACGGUCUGCGAAACCCGCCCGCCAAUGUUUCGGGACUAAAUGGGGGAAAAUCCGACGCCCGCACAGGCAGUGAUCAACAACGCCUCCUCGACAGUGAGGAUGUCAGCGACGAGGAGACCGAGUUGCUGGAGAUGCGAGCCUGGAAACCGUUGCAGUGA